UAAUAUUUUGCCGAUUGUCAACAUACAACAUGUGUAAUGUGUACUUGUGAGUUUGUGAUUUAAAUAGGUCCUAGACUCCUAGAUUUAAUACAAAAUACAAUUAACUUACGUCGAAAUGGAAUACGAAUUCAAAGACAGAACUAAAGUGAAACGGCAUCGAAAGCCAAUUAAUAGGACAACCAAACGAACUAUAACUUUUGAUGAAAAAUCUAGGAAAGAUUUUUUGACUGGAUUUCAUAAAAGAAAGCUUGCACGAAAAAAGAAAGCCAAAGAGGAUUUUGAAAAGAAACUUAAAGAAGAAAAGAAAAGAAUUAAAGCAGAGGCAAGAGAAACAUUUUUAAAAUUGACUAAUUCACAUCCAUUUAUCCCAGAACCUCUUGAUAUGGUCACAAAAGAAUAUAGUUUAGAAAAUCAUACAGUACAAAUUUGUGAUCUUUCAACUGAUGAAAUUGCUAAAAGUAAUAAUUGGAUUGGAUCAAAUCAGGUAAUUUAUGAAGAUGACAAAGAAAGUGAAAAUGAAGAGGAUAUUGAUAAAACAAAUGAAGAUGAUGCCGAAACUAUACCUGGCAUGAGUUUCAGUUCAAUUAAAGAAAUUAAAAAAGCAAUAAAAAAACAAGCAGCUGAAACUGUACAAAACAGUAAAAUAUUUAAAAUGAAAAACAAAAUUGAACGAAUUAAAGAUAAAAAGAAAGCUAAAAGGAAGAAACUAUUAGAAACAAAAAGACAAAAAUGGUUGAAAAAAAAAGGGAAAAAGAAAUAAUUAAUAGUAGUUAUAUUAUUUAUAUCAAUGUAAUUACUUAUUAAAUAAUAUUGUUGAAAUUGCAAUAUUAAAAUAAUUGUUGUAAAAUAAAAUUGAAAUAUGAUAAUA